AAAUGUUUUUAAAGAUUAUUUUACUGGCUAUAAAUAUCAAUAUUGUAUUGUCCUUAACGGAUCAAGAUAUACAUUUAAGGAAUCAUGUUGAUGUCAACAGUUUUAUUUUGGAAAAUAUAGCAACUGGCAAACACACUCCGCCUGCAGAAAAAGAUCCUGAAUUUUGGCGUAACUUGGCUCAAAGAGAGUUAGCUAUGCGUUUGAGUAGGGUGCCGAAUUACAAUCUGGCUAAAAAUAUUAUAUUCUUUUUGGGUGAUGGCAUGUCGUUAACAACAGUGAUGGCUGCACGAAUACGAAAGGGCCAAUUGAAGGGUAAUACGGGAGAAGAGGAUGCUUUGAGUUUUGAAAAGUUUCCUUGGAUUGGUUUGAGUAAGACCUACUGUUCUAAUGCUCAGGUACCCGAUUCCGCCUGCACUGCCACCGCUUACUUGUGCGGUGUAAAGGCCAACAUCAUGACAAUUGGUGUGUCAGCCAAUGUAGAGUACAAUAAUUGUUCCAUGAGCAUGGAUCCCAAAAACCAUGUUAGUUCUCUAGCCGAUUGGGCCCAGAAAGCUGGUAAGUCCACAGGCUUUAUAACCACCACCACUCUAACCCAUGCCAGUCCCUCGGGUAUGUAUGCCCAUACGGCUAAUCGUUUCUGGGAAUGUGAUGCUGAUGUUUUGGCUGCCCAACAAGAUCCAUCCAUCUGUAUGGACAUGGCUCAACAGCUUAUUAAACAAACACCAGGUCGUAAUCUAGAUGUAAUGAUGGGUGGUGGUAUGGGAAAAUUUUUACCCAACACUAUGAACGAUGCCCAUGGAAAUAAAGGAGAACGCAAAGAUGGCCGAAACUUAUUGUCUCUGUGGAAAGAUAUGCAUCCAAAAGGAGCUUUAGUCACCAAUCUUAGUGAAUUAUUAAAUUUAAAUGUAAAUGAGACAGAUAAAAUUAUGGGUAUAUUUGCCUCAAAGGCAAUGGAUUUUCAUGCCCAUGCCGAUAAUACCAAACAACCCCGAUUGGUGGAAAUGACAGAGGUGGCUCUCAAGUUCUUAAAACAAAAGAAUAAUAAGGGUUAUGUGAUUUUCAUCGAAGGCGGCUUAAUAGAUUACGGCAAUCAUUUCAAUAAACCUGGUCUGAGUACUGAUGAAACUUUGGAAUUUGAAAAGGCCAUAGAAUUGGCUCUCAAUAUAACCGAUCCCGAAGAAACUCUAAUUGUGGUAACAUCCGAUCAUGCUCAUCCCUUGAGUAUAGCCGGUUAUCCGGGUCGAGGUACCCCUAUUUUGGGAGUCAAUCAACAUGAUGUUGAUAGUAAUGGCAGGAAAUAUGCCACCUUAAAUUAUGCUGUGGGACCCGAGCAGUAUUUGGAUGAGCACGGUAAAUCUUUGGAUUUGGAGGGUUUAAUAGGUGAUAUAGAUUCUACUCAUCCCAGCCAAAUACCCAGCAUUAUAGGUGUUCAUGCUGGCGAUGAUGUGGGUAUUUAUGCCUCGGGUCCUUUUGCUCAUUUAUUUGGUGCUGUGAUUCAGCAAAAUUCCAUACCACAUUUCAUGGCCUAUGCUGCUGGCAUUGGAGAGCGAGCUUUCGAGUGGAAAAAGUAGGAAUCAUUGAUUUUUGUUGUAAUGAAAUUUGUCGUUUGAUUUAUUAUGUAAUCUAACCAAUAUAAAAUAUUCUUAACCAA